GUCAUUCCACCAGCAGUGUGCACUGCAGCUCCAAAGCGAUGCAGUUCACCAAAACACUAGAGCAGCAUUACGCACGGCGAUAUUGGAGGAGUGACUAUAUUCCCGGAUCAUUGGAUUGUAAUCUCUAGUUUUUCUGACAUUUCUAAAACAUUUGGAACUUGCUGUGCGCGUCGGGACUAUCUGGACCUGUGAAUAAGGAUUGGUUAUUCGUGGGAGAGCAUCUUUGUACUGUGUCUUUCGUGGGCUACACUCUGCAUUGCCCAGGAGUAUUACGCGCAACGCGUAAUCUCCGUACGUUGGUGGGUAGCAGCUCGACGCACCCGGUCUUGUCUCUUUUGGAAAGACAAAGGGUGCAAAACAACAAACAUGAUACGAAGGGACAAGUUGGAGGCAGAAUGGAUUUAACCCAGUUCAAUCUGUUGGUGGGAAACGUGUCCAACGAUGAGAACAGCACGGACGCACCGCUUUCCUUUCCACACACACAGGCAGCCACUGCACUUAUCAUCCUGGUGGUUACUGUGAUUAUUUCGGUGACCAUUGUCGGAAAUGUGUUGGUGAUUGUAGCGGUGCUGACCAGCCGCGCUCUCCGUGCGCCCCAGAACCUGUUCCUCGUCUCUUUGGCGUCCGCGGACAUCCUGGUGGCCACGCUGGUCAUCCCCUUCUCCCUCGCCAAUGAGGUUAUGGGGUACUGGUACUUUGGAAGUACUUGGUGCGCAUUCUACUUGGCUCUGGACGUGCUGUUCUGCACCUCAUCCAUCGUGCACCUGUGCGCCAUCAGCGUGGACCGCUACUGGUCAGUCACCAAGGCGGUGAGCUACAACCUGAAGCGGACCCCGAAGCGCAUCAAGUCCAUGAUCGCUGUGGUGUGGAUAAUAUCUGCGAUCAUCUCCUUCCCUCCUCUCCUCAUGACCAAACACGACGAGCGGGAGUGUCUUCUGAACGAUGAGACCUGGUACAUCCUCUCGUCCUGCAUGGUGUCCUUCUUCGCCCCGGGUCUCAUCAUGAUCCUGGUUUACUGUAAGAUCUACAAAGUGGCCAAGCAGCGCUCCUCCACCGUAUUCGUGGCCAAAAACGGUCUGGAGAGGCAGCCCUCUCAGUCGGAGACCUGCUUCGUCAGGAAGGACCGGACUGAGACAGAGAGCCCCAGCAGCCAAGACUCCAGCAACCACCAGCAGGGCCAGGGGGAGCUGGAUGACAUUGACCUGGAGGAGAGCUGCUGCCCGUCGGACACCAAACCGCGCAACCAUCGCUUCACCAAGCGGAGGAAGGUGGAGGGGUCGGACUGCUGCCCGCCGCAGAGCUGCCGCCUCUCGUGGGCAUCGGCCCGGGCGUCGCAGCUCUACCCGGAGCAGAAGACCCCGGCGGAGCGACCCCAGGUGGCCGCGGUCAACAAGACCAAAGUGGCCCAGAUGCGGGAGAAGCGUUUCACCUUCGUGCUGGCGGUGGUGAUGGGGGUGUUUGUGCUCUGCUGGUUCCCCUUCUUCUUCACGUACAGCCUCCACGCGAUCUGCAGAGACAGCUGCCACAUCCCGGUCGCACUUUUCAACCUGUUCUUCUGGAUUGGCUACUGCAACAGCUCCGUGAACCCCAUAAUAUACACUAUUUUCAACAGGGAUUUCAGGAAAGCCUUCAAGAAAAUUGUAUGCAGGACUCCCAAGCGCACAUAAGUCUAGAGGAAGACAAUCAUUUGGCCUCUAAUGCCUCAACAGUGCUGGGAAGGAAUUAUAUUAUCAAGACUCAGUGCUCUUGGCUAUAGUUCCCCUUCCCGAAAUCAUUUUCAUGUAACUAUGAGAAAAAGAAAAAAAUCCAGUCUUGUGUACAGAUUUAAAUGUCCAUGAAUAAAAUGUCAAGUGGUGCAAAAGAAAAGAAAAAGAUUAAGUUAAUCAUCACAUUUUUAUCCCACUGGAGAUAUGUAAAGUUUUAAUGUAGGCCACUAAAUGUACUUUUGAAGCAGAAACAGCAUGUAUUGGAUCAUGCUGCAGCAAGCAGGAGAUACUUCAGAGUGGGGAGGACAUCUUGUGUGUAGCUGUAACUGUAGGUGUUUAAUAUUGAGAUCACUGGACGACCUCUCUCUCCACCAUCUCAUCUAUGUAUACGCAUGGGGAUGUGCAAGCGAGUUCCACAGAGAAAGAAAGAAAAAAAGAGAAAUGAAAUCCUGCAGAUUUAAAUGUCUGGCAUUGUUGCAUGUAUAAUUCAGAUACAUCUUGUGUUUAACUGCAGUGAAAGCUCCUUAAGUCUUACCAGCGAACCCCGAAACUUACGUAAGAGUCUAAUCUGACACCACCGCACGUCACACCACCAGACACCGGAACACAAUUGCCAAGCCCAGGCCUGCGUUUUUAAAACUCUGUUGGACAAAUCUGCAUAUUUUAAUUUGAACCAUAGCUCAACAUUUUGCCAGUAAAUAUUUAAAUAGUGUGGGAGCACGAUUCUGCCAUUCAACGUGGUCUCAGCGUCGUGGGACAGGAGUUUAAAUGUCAGUUAUGUUGUCCCACUACAUUUAUUUUCUAUUCUUUGACAAAACUCAAAAUACUGGGUUUAUAUUCAAAUACUUUUCUGAAAAACAAAACAAAAAAACAGUCCUGCUCCCUCUCUCUUAAAAACAGCAUCUCUGCAGCAGGUAUUUCAGGUAAAGCUGAACUUCCAUCCAGCAUUAAAUCUCCUUGGAUACAGUGAGAGAGCUUAAUAUCUUCAAGCCAUGCCUCGGGCUGUAAUCCUUUAUAAAGUACUGUAAGUCCUAAGACAUCAGGUACCCAGUAACUUUCAUAUUUGUUUUAAAUAUCCAGAAAUGAUUCACAGCAGGAGCAACUCAACUGGCUUCAUUGAAAACUACGGCUGAGGUGGGAAAGUCAAAAUGGGAAGAAAAACAGCUGUUCUGUUUCUUUUAUAUUUACGUGGAUCUGCCCAGGUGCAACUAGGUGCUGCCGCAAGGAAUUGUAGGACGGCAUAUUCGACCCCCCUUUCGUAAAGGAUGGUUCAAUAUUUCCUAAAGGAGAUGAAAUAGGAAGCAUUGAAGCUCCUUUCCUUAUUAUUUAGAGAAAUCGAACAAGUCUUUUUAUGGAAAUGCUUCCAGGUCAUUUGACUCAGUGGGGAACCUUCCGAAGCAAAAUGGACGCCAGCUAUGUCACAAUGUUAAAUAAAGUGAUUCAAAAAUUCCUGGAUCUGCACCAAAAAAUGUAAUGGGUUCUUCCCUGACCAAUAACCGCAUCCUUCCAAGUUCUGUUGUUGUCGACAAAAGAAUGGACGGGGGUCAAAAUAUACAAAGUAGUUUACCAUGGAGACAUUGCUAUAAACUAUACACAGGAAGAGCAGUUGUGGAUGUUAGUAUUAGAGCUGCUCAUCUCUGUUUUCAACACAGCCUCGUUAUUGUGGUGGGUUCACGCUUCAAGGACAGAAAGUGUAAAAAUGUGAAAUGUUGAAGACAUGGUGGAGCUUCUCCGGGGAACACUCUGGUUAGUGAGGAGAAGGCUGACCAGCCCUCUGUCAGCGUAUUGUCAGCAUGGGGGUGCUGGGGAUAAAUACACUAUUUAUAUCCUCUCAGGAAUGUCUUCAAAGCAGCUCACUGGUGCCUCGCCAAAGAAAAUCACCCCGUUUGAGGCGUGUCACGCUUAAAACUGAGUGCUUUUUGUGGAGAAAGUUGAACGAAGCGCUCUGUUGUGAAGCCAGCUCAUAUUCACGAGGGUGUUGCUGGAAAAAAAAACGUCGAGGGGUAACAAGAGAGAAGGUGGUUGAGCGUUUCCCUUCUUCUCUCGACGGGCACCACCAUUUUAUUCAUGAGCGGAGUUAGACAGGGAGAGAGAAGUGGAGCUGGUGCGAGGAAGGGAAACUUUACCUCAAAGGGAUUCACUAACUCUUGAAAACAAAUGAAAUGUCGGGGCCCAGUCGACGUCACAGGGGGCAGCGGAAUUAGCGUCCUCAUCUUUCGCGGCUUCCGAGUGAUGCUAAUUGGGAUGCGUGCAACUUAAUAGGAUGUUAUUGUUUCAUGUAGCUUAAUUUCUCCAGAGAGCACGGCCAUCACUCUUAAUGGCUGCUGCAUUAGUCAUGAUUGGAAAUGUUUACAUGAGCAUUCACAUGUAAUUUUCUUCCUGAUGCUAUACUGAUUACUGUCUGACAGGACACGCAACUCCCUGGUUAAAUCUCACUUCCCAAUUCAAUUAUCUUUUUAAUCAGCCACUCCAUUGCAGCACGGAUGGCGCACAAGGCUUUUAAUUAGCUGUAGUGUUUUCUGUCACUUUCAGACAUGUCUCCUCGCACACUUCACCUGUCCUUUGUUUCAGAAUCCAAACUGAGAGACAGCGCGACGUCGUGUGGUUUGACUUGUUUUCACCUUCUAGAAACCUUCACACAGGAAUAAACAUAGAUCCCUUACAAUGCUUCGCAUUUCAUCGGGUUAACGCUGCGCUAAUUGCAUCUCAUCUCAUUUCAUCCCAGGCAAAAUUAGCAUUGUUUACACUCUGUUGAUUCGCAGGCCUCUCAAGAUCGCACUCCCAUCUAUUGAGCCUUUCAUUCAUCCCAGACUGUAAACAAAGUUGGAAACUAGUUCAGGAAGAGAAGCAAGCGGUGCCCGGUGCCCCCCAAAAACCCCCUCUAAAGGCUUAAUGAGAGAAACAGACCAACCGGACAGAGCCCAAACAUUUCCUGGUGUGGGAUGCCGAAGGGAAAGCUUUAUUGAGGGCCUUUUAUAAAUGUUAGAGAGAGAGAGGCGACUGGGCAGGGUUGACUGCCGGCGCUAUUUAGAGUCAGCAGUGAGGGGAAGGCUAUUUGCAGUCACAAUAGUCAGAGGAGAUGUUGUUAUAAAUGUUUCAAGAUGGGUGCAGCGCGGGAAAAAACACAACAGGAUGAGAGAGAGAGAGAGAACGACGAAGAGAGCAGUUGCUUUUUCUCCUCCUCCACAUUACCUUGUUUGUCAGACACAAUGCAGCAUCUGCAGGUAAUUGCCUUUUUCAAUUGUCUCUAACAAGAUAAGGGUUGGAGGUGAGCAAGGCCAAAACUAGCGUCAAUCCCAGGAAGCUGUGUAUCUGGAGAAGAAGUGCCGGUGUGUCAUUAGCGUAAAUCAGCCGGUGUCACGUCGAAGCGAGGGUGGGACUGAGAUCACCGUCUCCAGGCCUUUCUAAUCUAUUGCCCUGUUGAACACAAACAACCGACGCAUGACGCGGAGUGUCAGAGGAAAUCAGACGACUGCAGCGGUAACUUCGAGCCGACAGUCAAAUUACUGGCCUCUCGUGUUCUUGUCUCUGAAUCUAAACAUAGGCAGAUGUGUAUCCUCCGUGUGGACCAAUCAAGUGGAGAUGACUCACUAACAGAAUUGACUUUAGAAAACUCAAGAUCUAUUUCUUAAAACAAUAUUUACUAUCAAACAUUUGUGCGGAUGCUCUGCAGCAGAGUUUGAUGUGUGUGAGUUAUUAUGCAAACAUUUGCAACUGUAAAGAAAAAAAAAUAAUUUAUGAAAUGAAUCAGAAGAUGAAUUAAGUCAAAGAUUUACUGUAGCUAGAUAUUCUGCUCUGUCAAAGACCUGCACUGUGGUCCAGAAAUGACUAAAACACGUCAGUGAGUUGACACAUUGCACUGACUCAUUAUUUUCAUAGCUGUGAACAUGGGUUCUGUAGUUUAUGUUGAGUGAAUCCCACAUAUUCUGUCCUGCUGCUGUAAAUAAUGAAUAAUGCACCAAAUACACUGAAUAUUAAUAAUACAUAUGUUGCUUAUCCUUUAAGGGUCAUGGGGGGUUAGCUCGAGCAAUCCCAGCUGGUACAACCUGGACAGGUCGCCAGUGUAUUGCAGUUCCUAUAGAGGCAAAUACAAUAAAAUAAUAAUAAUAAUAAUAAUAAUAAUAAUAAUAAUAAUAAUAAUAAUAAUAAAACUGCUUGGUAAACAGUAAACUAUUUUGUACAGUCCCCAACUGCAGUGUUCAAAUUUUUCCUCUUAUUGUUAUUUUUUAAAUAAAUGAAAGUAAAGUUUUAAAGAUGCCUUCAAGUAGAUAGAAUUGGAUUUGUGGUUGAGCUCCCCAGGCUAAUUGGUUUUAAUCUCGUCACAAGGUUUGCUGUAAAUAAUUAAUAUCAGCAGCCUCAACCUUACUCCAAAUAAGGAAAUCCAUAUGAAAUGAUUCUGACAAGGUCACUCACAACACAAAAGUACACUUUAGCUCUUUCUGUUCCUUUAACUAAAGAAGAAACUCUGGGUGUGAUUGAUUACUUGCAGUGUUGGAAACUUUCAGUCCCUAAAGAUGUGACUUCUUUCUCUAUUCAUUCAUCUCCUCUCUUCUUCUGUUGCCUUGUUCUUUCAUUUUCGGAAUUAGCUUCACAAAAGCAGUUAUUCAAAGAGAGGGUGGAGUAAACAUUGUACCUCUGUCAUCAUUAAUGAGCGCAGUGCUUGUUAAUUUGAACUAUUGUGCUUCGCUUCAACGGUCGUCUACAAAAUGUGACUCUUUGCAGUUUUAAAUAAUUCACUACAUUACUGACCAUUACAGGAUUUUUUACCAGAUCUGUGUAGUAAAUUUACAUUCACAAACGCCUCCAACAGCACAGACGACAGACGCCAUAGCACAGAACAGAUGCACAUAUUGUAUGUAAGGUAAACAUCGAGGUUUCUGUUAUUAGUGCUGUUGUUUCUCUUCACACGUCAGUGGGAGAUGUUGUCUUCUUCCCCACACAUUCUUUCCUAAUGCGAUCGUGAUUUCAAAGCAGUUCUUGUGAGAUUAAACCGUCUCUUUUGUUUCUAGUAGGUGUUUUCACAGGUGAUAUGUAAAUAAAAAACAACCAUUUA